AAUGACAAACAAGAUUUGAAUUCGACCAGAUGCAGCCGAAUUCGUUGCGCAAUCCUCUGUCCAUGUUUAUCAUGUUGAAGAUGGACGUCAAAGACAUGUUCAAGCUGAUCUAAUCUACAUUAUUUGGUCUAUAAUCUAUGAUUCGUACUCAAAUUCUAUGUAUGAUUUUGUUUGUCACUUGUGAGAUGCAGAGGUGUCAAUGGUGGAAGCAAAGAAUCUACCAAAGGCGGAGCAAAACAUGGUCAGGGUUUUGCGCAAACACCUGAAACUGCAAUAGUCAAUGCAGAAACUGGGAAGGUGCUUUGCACGGAGCUUGUCACGCUCAAUACCCAGGAGUUGCUUGCUUCUGCUACUUCAGAUGUUGAUUCACGAUCAACGAACAGCAGCAGGCAGCAGUAUCUUA